GUGGUUUUAAUGUACGAGAAGGCAUUCCUGGAGGAAGGAUUGUAGGAGGCGUUACUACGACUAUAGAGAAACAUCCAUGGCAGGUAUCCCUGCAGGUAUUUGGAAAUCAUAUUUGCGGAGGUUCAAUUAUUAGUUCUGGUCUCAUAUUAACGGCCGCUCAUUGCGUUACCGAACUGAUAGUUACCGUGUAUUACGUUGUACCGGGAGUAACAGAUUUAAGACAGGCUGAACAAAAAUAUCAAGUCGAAGAAGCCAUAAUGCACGAUGACUAUGACAGCGUUACUUACGAUUACGACAUCGCCUUACUAAAGCUUCAAGAAAAUUUGACGUUUUCGAACACAAUUCAGGCCAUAAGCCUUCCGAAUGAGCUUUUUACCAUUCCAGAUGGGACUAGUUUGGUAGCAAGUGGUUGGGGAAUAACAGAGGUGAGACUGUUUUUGAAAAUAUGUACACUCGACGCAAGAUAAAGGUUUCCAAC